CAGGAAGUAUGUCUGGAAUAUCAAACUUGAGGAAUAAGGAGUGUGGUCAGCAGGGUUCCGAAAUUAAAAGUUCAAGUAAGAAGAAUAAUCAGCGUGUUGCUGAGGAAGGAAAGAGAGUAAUAAAAAAGACGAAUGCGGUACCGGUUGAUGUGUUUUUUUCUGCCUUGAAUAAUAUAGAAAGAAAGAUUGAUUAUAAUUUUGAGGCAUUGCAAGACCAAUGUUUUAAAGAAACAGAACAAGAAAGUUUGCUGAGCGAAGCUUGGCCACGGGUUAAGUUGGAAAAGCCCUGUGACCAAUACGAAUAUGAUUUUUUGAUUGGGGUUGGAAAACGGCUUGAUAAGGCUAUAGGAAGACUAUCCGAAUAUGAUCAAAAAGAAUUUAUCGCUAUUAGGGAGAAAAUUGAAUCACGUGCAGUUACUCUUCGGUUGGCGAAUGAUAGAGGAUGGAAG